UUUAUGUAUAUUUAUAUUUAGAUAUUCAUGUUUAUCCAAUAAAUAAAUCAACUUAGGGACUAAAAUAUAUUUUAUACAUUAUAUUCCGUACAAAUUAAACAAAGUAUACUUAUUUAAAAGGCAAGUCAUUAUCCUCAUGUCUGAUGCAACAAGUGUCCUUGUUUUUGUUUAAUUAACCACUAAAAGAAAAUGAGUAUGAUGAUAUGGCUAUUGUAUAACACAUGAAUAUCAGCAACGCUCAAUGAAAAGUCAACACACUGGUUGCUGCAGAAUAUUUCUGUAAAAUCUCAUUUGAAGGAGAUUAAUACUCUGUGGGCUGACUAUACACAACGUGCAUGCAGCACGAUCCGCGUCCAGUUCAAUAAUGCUUUCAGGGCUGUGUUGAGGCUGCCCCGGUUUCGUAGCGCCUCGGGUAUGUUUGCAGUGGCUCGUACGGAUUGCUUUCAUGCGACCAUACGCAAGCGGUGCGCAUCCUUGGUACGCAGAGUGCGGGCUAGCUCCAACACGGUCCUAGCCAUGAUUGCAAACAGACUGGACUGCCCCUAUAUAAGACACUGCUGUAAUAAACAUCUGUCUCUCAUUAAUCUAACAGUGACUGGUAUGGUGUAGCGAUGGACGAUAUACAUCGAUUUAUUUAAAAUACUCGAUGUAUAGUAACGAUGCAUCGUCUUGAACCGAUGUAUUGUAAAUACUUCAACAUCGAAUAUAUAUCGAUGUUUUUCAUUCGAUGCAUCGAUUAGGUACGCAAAUUAUGAGAUUACUAUACUAUGAGUGAAAAGAGAAACGAAACGUUAUAAUCAGUGCUGCCAAUAUUAAUUAAACCAAAACAACAAUAUGGCCGACCGAGUUUCUGCUGUGUAAAUGUAUAUUGUGUUUUUGUUACGAUACGAGUUUUUGCCUUGUUUAAAUCUAAAAAAGAAACUAAUUUAUGAACAGGUAUGUCAGUUAUAAUGGGACCUAAGAAAAAAAGUUCCGUUUGGCAGUUCUUUAACAAAAUUGACGAUAAGAAAACGAAAUGCAAACUAUGUCAAAAGGAAAUUAAGUCUGCUGGAAACACUACGAACUUAAUUGGACAUAUUCGUAAUGUUCAUAAGGCUGCUUAUCUCGAAAUUCAGCCGAAACAAACUACAUUCAAUGCAGUAACUACUACAGACGAAAUAUCGAAUCCUCUGGAUCUGGAUACCAAAGUUACGCCUUAUAAUAAAAUGGAUGAUGGAGUACUUCAGUUUCAACCUGUUCCAAGUUGCAGUGGCAGUCAAAGAUCCGGUGCACCGUUACCAAAAACCGUAAAUGAAACCAUUGAUUCAGACUUAGACGAAAACGUUACACCUUUAAAACGCCAAAGAACAAUACAGGCCGCUUUUAAAGAUAUUUCCUCUUACUCAGAAUCUGGAGCGAAGACAAGGAAACUGAACAACUGUUUGUUAUUCAUGAUUUGCAAAGACCAUCAGCCAUUCUCAAUCGUUGAAAACGAAGGCUUCAAAACUCUAAUGAAAACAGUUGCUCCUCAAUAUAAGCUCCCGAGUAGAACAACUCUAAGACGCUGGCUGGACGAUAAAUAUGAAGUAAUUUCAGAAACAAUUAAGAAAAUGUUGUCCUCUAUAGAAGAUAUAACCCUAACAACAGAUAUUUGGUCGGAUACCUUGAAUAUGAAAAGUUUUUUGGGCAUCACAGCACAUUUCGGAAUAGACAUUGAACUAUAUUCAGUCACCUUAGGUGUGUACGAAUUGGAUGAAAGACAUACAUCAGAUUAUCUUUCUGAAAUUCUCUUAAAGGUAUGUCAAGACUGGAAAAUCGAUCAAGAGAAUGUAACAGCUGUUGUUACUGACAACGCAGCCAAUAUAGUUAAGGCGAUCGAAUUAGCGUUUGGUAGAAGGAAACACAUCCCAUGUUUUGCCCAUACUCUGAAUUUGGUGGCUGAAGGCACAAUGAUAUGUAUUGAGUGGAGAAACAUUGUUUCUAAAGUAAAAUCAAUAGUGACUUGGUUUAAACAGAGUUGCAUUGCUAGUGAUGAAUUACGUAAAGCUACUGCUGCGGCUACGGAGUCUUCUGCUGGAGCAGCUGAGGUAAAAUUAAUACAAAGCGUGGAUACUCGCUGGAACAGUACAUAUUAUAUGUUACAAAGAUUUCUAGAACUCCGUAGUGUCAUAAAUGAUAUUCUCUUCCGCCACCCUAGAGCACCUGCAAUGCUGAGUGCAUCGGAAAUAUCUACUGUAUCGUCUGUCAUCAUGGUAUUGCGACCCUUAGAAGCGGCUACAAAAGAAAUUUCAGGUGAUAAAUACUGCACAAGUAGUAAAAUUAUUCCCUUAGUUCGUUGCAUGCUCUCUAAAAUAACUUCAGCUGUUAUAGAAGAUCCCGUAGCGAAAGAGGUGCAGAAACUUGCUAUUAAUGAAAUAAAUAAAAGAAUGGGUUCAAUAGAACAUGUGAAUGCUCUGGCUAUCGCAAGUAUUUUAGAUCCACGGUUUAAAAGAAUGCAUUUCAAUGAUCCGAUAGCUUGUUCGAAUGCUGUUACGAAAAUUAAAGAUUUAAUGAAGAAGAAUUUGCAUAGCAAUGAAGAACCUGAGUCCGAUUCUGACAAGUCCGAUAAAAAUGAAGAGGCCUUUUCAUUAUGGACUGAUCACCAUAAGUUAGUGCAUCGUAACUGGAAAAUUAACAAAUCUGAAGACGUUUUGUCUGACGAACUUUCCGUUUAUCUCCGAACUCCUGUUGGAAGACUUAAAGAAAAUCCGUUAGAAAUUUGGAGAGAUUACAAAAUACAAUUCCCGAAGCUGUACAAAAUAGCUUUUAAGUAUUUAACAAUAGUUGGCACGUCAGUCCCUUCAGAAAGACUUUUUUCACAGGCAGGGCUAGUUAUGACUGAACAAAGAAACCGGCUGAAGGGGAAGAGAUUAAGCAAACUUUUGUUUUUACAUAGCAUUGACAAAAAAUAUUGGAAUAUGUAAAAAAAAUGUGUUGUCUCGGUGAUUUUUAAUUUUAAUACAUAUAUUUCCUGAUUAAUACAUAUUUUUGUUUUAAUUAAUGCCUAACCUAAAACAAUCGAUAUAUAAGAAACAUCGAUGUAUUUCCCAAUACAUCGUAUUACCAUCGAUGUGACCGAUCGAUGCAUCACAUCGAAAAAAACAUCGAUGUAUAUUUUAAACGUCCAUCC